UACUUCAGUUCAGUUCAACCUUCAACGCGUUCACACAGCCCAGCAUCACAGCACACAAAACAACUGAAUUAAUCUCUGCUACCUCUCUUUGGGAAUCGAGCUGGAAGGGCGGCCGGCCUAGCAUUUGAUAAGAUUAGUCGUAAUCGUGCAGGCGUUUGAAAGCGCCUCACUUGCACGUUGGUCGCCGUUGGAGAAAAUGGUACAAUCUUUUGCGUUCGCGGUUUGUAUUUGCGUAUUCGUUACUUCAUUGGUCGCGGCGAAUGCUGAGGAUAAUUUUGUGGUUGUUCAAAGUGGAAAUGGUCCAAUAAGAGGAAUCAAUCGCGGUGCGUAUUAUGCGUUCGAAGGGAUACCCUAUGCCAAGGCUCCAGUUGGAGAGCUCAGAUUAGCAGCUCCGGUACUCAACGACGAACAGUGGGAUGAACCGAGAGAUGCUCUGGAACAAGGACCAGAGUGCAUGCAAUGGAGCCAUUUUGUGGAGGGUGAAGAUCGCACAACAGGCGAAGAGGAUUGUCUAUUUUUGAACAUCUAUACGACUUCGUUGGACAAUACGGAUCCACUGCCAACGAUCUUCUUCAUCCAUGGGGGAGCAUUCAUGUUUGGCGGAAAGAGUUUUUAUGGGCCUGAUAACAUGAUGAAGAGUCCAUUGGUGUUGGUUACCAUCAACUACCGUUUGGGAGCACUAGGGUUCCUCAGUACGGAAGAUGACAUAAUUCCAGGAAAUUUCGGUUUGAAGGAUCAAGCCACGGCUCUCAAGUGGGUCCGGCAGAACAUUAUGAACUUCGGUGGCCAUCCAGAUAGUAUUACACUUUCCGGAUACUCAGCAGGGUCUGCCAGUGUUCAACUGCAUUACCUAUCGCCAAUGUCACGGGGGUUGUUCAAGAAUGGUAUUGGUCACAGUGGAUCCGCUCUGAACCCUUGGGUGUUGGUCGAGAAAUCCGCCGAGAAAGCCAAAUCCAUUGCGGCCACUGUAGACUGUCCAACGGAAUCCAGUAAAAAUAUGUUAAAGUGUUUGAGACAAAAACCAGCUCGGGAGGUCGUAAGUGCCGUGGCUCCCUUCUUCGAUUUCUUGUACAACCCAUUCUCACCGCUUGGAGUCGUCAUCGAGAAACAGUCGAAGAAUAACCCAAGGCCAUUCCUGGCUAAUCAUCCGUACAAACUGAUGAAAUCUGGUAAAUUCCAUCAGGUUCCCUUACUCCUCUCGGUGAACGAAGCCGAAGGGUUGUACCCGGGCGCUGAAUUUAUCAGCAAACAGGAAUACUUGGACUCAAUCAACAAAAACUGGAACCAAGUAUUGCCGAGCAUUUUGGACUAUCAAACCUCGAUACAGAACGACGAAACCCGGCGAGAUGAGAUAAGCCAAACCAUCAAGAAGCGAUACCUGGGAAGGAAAAUGCUCAGCGAUAACAGUUUCCGCGAUUUCAUAAGAAUAAUCUCAAAUAGGUUGUACUUCGCUGGCGUGGUUCGUUCGGCACAGCUGAUGCAGAAACACGCUCCCGUAUACCUCUACUACGACGCGUACAAGACCAAGUACGCUAUCAGCGAGUAUCUGUCCAAUUCGACGAAGAACUACGGCGUAGCGCACGGUGAAGAUGUGCUAUUGCUGUUCAACACCGAGUGGCGGGAAAAAAUCCCCUACACCAGUGAGGAACUGCUGAUGGCGAAGCGUUUCGUGGAAAUGUACGACGAGUUUGCGCGAACUGGUGUGCCUAAGUUCGGUGAAAUCAAGAUACCCCAAAUGGAUAAGGUGGACAUGGUUCGCUUCUUGGAGGUGAACUAUCCCAAGAGCGAAGUGAAACUUUCGCGACAGCUCAGUGACGAGAAGUUCUGGAAUCAGAUAGAUUUCAACGAUGGGAUGCCGGUGGCAGCACCUCCGGCUCCCGUCAAAACCGAACUUUAGGGUAGAUUGUUACGGGAGAUUAGGAGAAUAAAACUAUCUACAAAGCCAUCCCAUUAUCGACGAA